CUCAUGGUGUCGCUUUUCACUCGCGUCACAGCCUCUUCCUUCCGCCUGCCGUCUUCUCUCCAUCGCCAGCUGCGUGGGUUAGCUGCGUUAGCUAACUGAGCACAUUACAUCGUUUUCUCACUCCAGUGUGUAAGCCUGGGAUAACAACUAGCAUCAUGUCAUACCAAGAAGAGGAAGAAUCCUCCGUUCCCGCACAGUACGACCCGUACGCCUACCCGAACGACUGCGACCUGCACACCGGUGACCCUAAAGCAGAUCUUGCCUACGAGAGGCAGUAUGAGCAGCAGACCUACAGCGUCAUCCCUGAGGUGAUCAAGAACUUUCUGCAGUAUUUCCACAAAACCACCUCUGACUUAAUCGACCAGAAGGUUUAUGAGCUGCAGUCCAACCGUGUGUCCAGUGAGAGCAUUGAGCAGAAGAUCUAUGAGAUCCAGGACGUCUAUGAGAACAGCUGGAAUAAGUUGACCGACCGUUUCUUCAAGAACUCACCCUGGCCAGAGGCUGAGGGCAUUGCAUCUCUUGUUGGAAACGAUGCUGUGUUCCUCAUCCUCUAUAAGGAGCUGUACUACAGACACAUUUACGCUAAAGUCAGCGGUGGACCAACUUUGGACCAGAGGUUUGAGUCGUACUACAAUUACUGCAACCUCUUCAAUUACAUUCUCAAUGCUGAUGGCCCUGCCCCCUUGGAGCUUCCAAACCAGUGGCUGUGGGACAUCAUUGAUGAGUUCAUCUACCAGUUCCAGUCCUUCAGUCAGUACCGCUGUAAGACGGCCAAAAAGUCAGAGGAAGAGAUCGAAUUCCUGAGGAACAACCCAAAGAUCUGGAAUGUCCACAGUGUCCUCAACGUUCUCCACUCCCUGGUGGACAAGAGCAACAUUAACCGCCAGCUUGAGAUCUACACCAGCGGAGGAGACCCAGAGAGUGUGGCUGGAGAAUAUGGGCGUCACUCCCUGUACAAGAUGUUGGGUUACUUCAGCUUGGUGGGGCUCCUGAGACUUCAUUCUCUGCUUGGAGAUUAUUACCAGGCCAUUAAAGUCCUGGAGAACAUCGAGCUCAACAAAAAGAGUAUGUAUUCCCGUGUGCCCGAGUGCCAGAUCACUACAUAUUACUAUGUGGGCUUUGCCUACCUGAUGAUGAGACGAUACCAGGAUGCUAUUAGAGUCUUUGCCAACAUCCUGCUCUACAUCCAGAGGACAAGAAACAUGUUCCAGAGAUCGACUUAUAAAUAUGAGAUGGUUAACAAACAAAAUGAGCAGAUGCAUGGCCUGCUGGCCAUCGCUCUAACCAUGUACCCGAUGCGCAUCGAUGAGAGCAUCCACACCCAGCUCAGGGAGAAGUACGGAGACAAGAUGCUGCGGAUGCAGAAAGGAGACCUGCAGGUGUUUGAGGAGCUGUUCAGCUUCGCCUGUCCCAAGUUUCUGUCACCUGUGGUGCCAAACUACGACAACGUCCACCCCAACUACCACAAAGAGCCUUUCCAGCAGCAGCUGAAGGUCUUUGCAGAAGAGGUGCAGCAGCAGGCCCAGCUCUCCACCAUUCGCAGCUUCCUGAAGCUGUACACCACCAUGCCAGUAGCCAAGCUUGCAGGGUUCCUGGACAUGACUGAGCAGGAGUUCCGUAUUCAGCUGCUCGUCUUCAAGCACAAGAUGAAGAACCUGGUGUGGACCAGCGGAGUUUCAGCUCUGGACGGAGAGUUCCAGUCUGCUUCUGAAGUCGACUUUUACAUUGACAAGGACAUGAUCCACAUUGCCGACACUAAAGUUGCUCGUCGGUACGGAGACUUUUUCAUCAGACAGAUCCACAAGUUUGAGGAGUUGAAUAAGACCCUGAAAAAGAUGCCAUCCACCGGCACCACCACCACCGCUACUACUACUACUACUACUGCUGCUGCUGCUGCAGCUCGAGCCGUCUGACCAGCAGCAGUAGAGACGAUCUCAGUGGCCGAGUUCUCUGCCCCCUCAGUCUUUUGACAGCUAUUAUUGAUAAAAAAAAAAAGUUUUCUAUGUAACCUGGCAACAAUAAACCGGUGUGCUAAAA